AUGGGUUCUAAAUACCAUAAUUCAGAGAGUCACGGCUGGUUUAGCAACAUUGCAUUCGGGCAGGAAAGACACGGAAAUUCCCUAAUUGCAAAAGAGAGGAUUGUCAAUGAUCAAGGAAUUGACACAUCUUCGGCUCAUUCAUCUUGGAUUCAAAGAAGUUCCCAUGAAUUUAGGCAAAAUAUACAAGACAAUUCCAAAGCUGAAAAUGAAAGAUUUGAAACAAUAGCCUGGACUCCUGUUGAAAGAGAAGAAACGGACAUUGCUGUAUACCAGACUUCAGAAAGCAAGGAAAGAAGGUAUGAAUCGGACCUCUUUAUGUUUGACAGGCAUGCCAAAACGAAAGAUGAAAUGAGCAAAGUCAAAAACAGUAUUGUAGCAGGUACUUUAGUGGAUCAUCAAAAAUAUAAAGAAUCAAUAGAAAAUGCUUCCAUUGCAGAAGAAAAUAGUUCUACGUUUUACCAAAGGUCAGAAAAGGUUAACAGAUGUCCAUACUGUUGUAGUCAUAACGAAGCAAACAAGAACAUGGCCGUUUAUUGUGCUUCAAAAAAGACAGGUUCUACUGUAGAUAGUGGCUGCCAGACAGAUGUUCCACUUGUGCCGCAUCAAACAUUAGAUACACCAGGUAAUGUAUUGCACUUAGAAGAUGGACAAAUGAACAGACAGAGUUAUGGCAGAAUUGAGAAUGAGAAAUCAGGGUGGGAACAUUAUUCUGUUAAAAAAUCAAGUCCUUCUAUAAUGAUGUCUAGUGGUAAACAAACGGAUGAAAGCAAAUGCCAUUUUGGAACUGAUUCAAGCAGCUGUAAAUUCGAAGACCGAGUAAUCUCAGAGAAAGUUGGAGUUAAAGAAGGUGUUGAAAGUAUUUAUUCAUCUAACCCACGAUCACAAGACAACAUUCUUAGGAGAAUGCAAGUACAAAUGUUUGAAAGCAAAGCAAACGAGUUAGGUCAAAGAGCAGGUGAAAAGACGGGAGAAAUGCGUUGUUCAUUGAAUUCUGAUACUAUUCUAUCAAAUAUCAAAGCCAAAGGAAAGAACCGAUCAGAUUCGUGUAAAUACGAAUUAUCUGAUGAAAGACAAAACGGAUUCUUGCGCAUUAAAAUUAAUGGGACAGAUACAAACAGCUGGACGACCGAAACCAUCUUUAAAGAAAAUGAAAAGGACUCUUUUGAUGUUGAUACACCAUCAACUUCUAAAAUUAAUAUCGAUACUGAUCAAACACACUUGCAACAUGAAAAGAAUGGACUGACUUUGUCUGUUGUCGAGGAGCAAGAGCAAACAGUUUGUCUGCAAGACGGUAGUAUUUCCUCAAAAACGACGGGACUGCCUUCUGGGGAAAUGGAAGGCUAUGUCGUAAACAAUAAUGAUGGAAUGCAACAUAAUAGUAGUGGAUUGUUUGAGAUAAGAACAUACUGGCUCCCCGAUGAAAAAGAUCACAAGGUCAGAUCUCUAAGCGAUCCACAGCGUUCUGAAGAAAAGCCAGAACAUUCGGGUCAUAAAGCUCAUGUUACAAUAAAAGCAGGUGUAACAAAAAUGCGUCUUACUGAUCCUUCCCUGCCAGAAACCAAAAGCGAGAAAACAAGUCCUAAAAUGUCUAGGAAUGAAAGCAAUGGAUUUUUAAAGGAUAAAGCACAUCGGUUUUCAGAAGAAAUAUCUAAAGAAGUAACAGUUUUCACAACAGAACAGCCUGCAGACUCAAAAGAGACGAAGUCUGUCUUUACAAAGAAAGGCGUUUCUUCUGUACAGCAAAAAGAAUUAAAACCGAGAGAGAUCACAAGUAAAGCUCAUGAAGUUAAAGAAACAACCACUGUUAAGAUUCCAGUCUCUUAUGGUGAAUACACGCAAGGAUAUCUCUUGAACAGAUAUAAGGUAGAUAGAACUGAGGGAUCUGGAAUGGAAGGAGUGGUUUUUCGUCCAUUCUUGUCUGACAGGGGCAUAUAUGAAACGGAAGAAUGGAAAACAAUUCAGAAAGAGCACAAUGGCCAAAAUCUUCCCAAAGAGAUGUCACUGGAUGGUAUAACAAAAAUUGUGCAAGUUACAUUGCAAAAUGGUGGAAAUCAGAUUAGACGCGACGAGAAAUGAAGAAGAAUGUUAUAAGCUUCUAUCAAAGAAAGAUUUUUUUUUUCUUUUACGUAUUAUUGUAUGAAGACACCCGACAUAUAGUUUUAACAAUUUAAUUAUUGUGUUAUAAGACCUGCACAGUAUUUCCUUAUGCUUAUAAACAUGAGUAUGCAUGGUUGUUUUAUAUUCA